UUUAGAUUGGAAACUUUCAGUGUUGGCUUCAUCGGAUAUCCGAACGUUGGCAAAUCUUCUAUAGUGAACACUUUGCGAAAGAAAAAAGUAUGCAAGACAGCGCCGAUAGCAGGAGAAACAAAGGUCUGGCAAUACGUCAUGCUUAUGCGUCGAAUUUACAUGAUCGAUUGCCCUGGAGUAGUGUAUCCGCAGGGAGAUUCGGAAACGCAGAUCAUUCUGAAAGGAGUUGUCCGUGUUGAAAACGUGAAGGAUCCGGAGAACCAUGUUCAAGGUGUGUUGGACCGUGUGAAACCUGAACACUUAAUUCGACAUUAUGGAAUCGAUGAGUGGACAGAUGCUGAAGAUUUCAUGACGAAAAUUGCUGUAAAGCAAGGUCGUCUUCUUAAGGGUGGUGAACCUGACAUUACGGCGAUAGCGAAGUUGGUCUUGAAUGACUUUCAACGAGGCAAAUUGCCCUAUUUCAUGGUUCCGCCAGGCUGUGAAGAACGGGCUAAGAAUGAGUUCGAUCAGCCACCGAUAAAUGAGACAUGUGCUGAUGAAGAUGUACCAGCUGAUAUGCAAAGUGAAUUAGGAGAUGAUGAAGAUGGGCCAGAGGGCAGCAGUUCCGACGACGAAUUGACUGACGUUGGCUCUUUGUGUUCCGGUCUGUCUGAUUUAUCUGGUGUAAGCGAUUUGGAAGAAGAUCUUGAAGCUAUGCAGUCUGAUAAUCAGGAAGAAGAGGAGAAAAAGGCUCACGAAAAGACGGAACCUAAAGGAAAGCGUGCCAGAGGUGUACGUGCCGGUAAGAAACAUGACAAAAAGAGACGGAUAGGUGGCAAGUCGAUUGUUGAAGCAGCAGCAGGGUCAUCGAAAAUGACUGGCGUUGUUGAGUUCGGAGUGAAAACGGAUAAUAAGAAGAACAACUCAUGGCGAAGGAAACUGCAGAAGAAACGGAAGAUAAAACAUCAGCCGUAG